GCAGAAUGGUCAAUUUAUAUUCGUUCAAGAAAAGAACUUUCAGAAAAAUUGAAAAGUGACGCAGAAUUUGCUUAUGUGGGAGCGUUAUUUAGUCAUGUAUAUAAAGUGAUGGAAGUGGCAAAUACUAUGAAAAACGUAUUACAUACUGACAAAUUAAAGAAGUCAUGGAUCAAAACAAAUCUUGAAGAUUCAAUUGUUGAAACUUCAAAUACUCAAAUGAAUCGAGUUAAACAGGCGUAUGAUCAUAUUCAUGACUUAAUAUCGAAAUUUGAAGACCAAAAAAUUCCGAUGACCAAAUGGAAUCCUUUAUUAAACAAG